CAAUAGAUUUUACCAUUUUGGAAAUACUAAAAAGCAAAACCAACUCUUUUGUUCCGCAUUGAGGUUCAUGGUUUAGUCGGAAAAGCUCCGCGCUUUAGAUUUAUUUUGAAUCUAACUUGUGUGAAAAAAGUUAAUUUUAAAUAAAUAGUUCAUUUCCUGUUUAAUAUGUCUUUGGCAAAGACUGGUUGCUCGUCGGCAUAUAGGUUGAAUUUGAAUUUGUUCCAAACAUGAGUGCGAAUCUCAUAAGAAAACCUUUCAAGCUUGUAAGCGAAGACCGACAAACGAGGAAAGGAGUUGUCGUUAGUAACCUCGAAGAGUUGAUUUAUAAAGCCAGAACAAUCUUCAAUCUGGGGCCAGAUAACAUUCAAAUUUUACUUGAAAGAGAUGGAACUGAAAUAUUAGAAGAUGAAUUCCUAUUAUUUCUUGAAAACUUUACCGAUCUUGUAGUUGUUCAAAGCAAAUGUCAAAAAAUGACAAAUUGCCAAAGACUGGAUGUAUGCAAUGAGUCGAUAACCACAGAGCAGGAAUAUGAAGCAGAUCACACAGAGGAAAUCCAAACCUCAUUGACCGAGGAAGCCAUGGUUCAUUAUAUUGUUGAAGAUGACAAGAUUAUUCGUGUUAACGAUAGCAAAGAAAGGGAACGCAAUUUUGAAAUAGUUUCUGGAGGGACUGACAAAGGAAGAGAUUUGUUACUCGACGACAUGGGGUACAGAUAUGGAAUUAAGGCCAAGAGUACAAGUUCAGUCAUCUGGCAUUGCACGGCACGUCCUGGAAAGACAAGCACUAGCGCAAUCGAUUGUCGAGCAACGGUUCGUCAAAAGAAUAACGUAUUUUCGUUUGGGAAAAGGCCUCAUUCCUGCAAACGAAGUCCUGAACUCAAUAAUGCAAUCAAAAUUCGUCGAGAAAUAAAAGAAAGGAUUGAUCGGGGUGAAGCAGCAGUGGCAGAAGAUGCAGUUAAAAUAGUUAAGGAAGUUAUGGCCAAGUAUCGUGAAAGAAAUGUUGAAGUUCCUCAAGAAUCUUAUCUCGUAAGAAUUGGCUAUCGUCGCCUCAAGAAAUUUCGAGAAGGUCGUCGCCCCAGCUGAUUGGGGCGUACAAUUUCAUUUAUGCCUCAUCAAGCAGUUCUUCGAGUGUCAUCAGUUAUUUUCGUUUUUUGUUUUUGUAAAGUUGAAAGCUUUUAUUUGAAUUUGAUUCAAACAUUUCGUUGAAAAUAACUACUACAAUUGGUCAACAGCACCAAUCCUUUUAAGGAACUUAAAAGGACAUUUCAUUAAGUAGCUUUUCCCAUUUACUUGGAAGAAAACAAACUGAAAGCAAGACAAACGAGCUCAGUGUGAAGCCAUCCCAUUAAACAGCAGGAACCAACCGAGUUGAGAUUUACGUGCAUUUUUUUUCUGUUGCGUUUGUUUUGCCUGCCCUCUCUUUUUUUUUGUCAUUGAGAAGGUUGAUGUAUUUGUGUGGGUUAUUGCUUUUGUCUUCCCAUAUUUCACUCUUAUCCUUUAAAGCAUUUCAAUAUGUGUACAUGUGUGUUACGUACAGUACAACACUAUGCUGUUUGGCCAUAG